AUGUGGCGGGAUCGAACCAACCUCUACCUCUCCUACCGCCAAUCCCUAAUCCACCAUCCAGCCAAAAAGCCACACUUCACACCAUCAAAUGGCUUCUCCGACACACCCUCGCACCCGGAGGAAAACAGGCGCCUAAUACCCGAAACGGACGAAGAUGGCGACAUGGUCAUCGAGAUGGACCUCCUCCCGCCGCGCUGGGUCGACGUGCAGGAAGAGGUCUCCGAGCUGUUAUCUGAGAUCGCCCAGAACUCCGCCCAGCUCGACAAGCUACACCAGAAACACCUUCUCCCCGGCUUCGGCGAUGAGGAGCUGCGCAGGCAGGAUGAAGGCGUUAUCGAGGGCCUGACGCAGGAUGUCACGCGCUCCUUUCAUGAUUGCCAGCGCUCUAUCAUGCGCAUCGAGACUAUGGUCGGCGAGUCUAAGGCGCAUGGUGGUGUUACGAGUGGGGAGGAGACUAUGGCGAAGAAUAUUCAGAUUUCGCUUGCUGCGAGGGUGCAGGAGGCCAGUGCUAGGUUUAGGAAGAAGCAAAGCACCUAUUUAAGGAAAUUGCGAGAUCUUGAGGGUAUCGCGACGCCGUUCGAUGGCGCGCCUACGCAGGUCCAGAACCCAUACACGGAUCCGUCGAUGAUGGAGUCAGAUGCCGACAGGUCCUUUUCGCAGACGAUGUUGCAGGAGACUUCACAACGGCAGACCGGUCAGAAUGAUGCGGCUAUUGCGCAGCGGGAGCGCGAGAUCAACGAUAUCGCAAAGGGCAUUAUUGAACUCUCGGAUAUUUUCCGUGAACUGCAGACCAUGAUUAUCGACCAAGGAACCAUGUUGGACCGUAUAGAUUACAACGUCGAGCGAAUGGGCACCGAGGUGAAGGCUGCGGACAAGGAGCUGAAAGUGGCUACGAGUUAUCAACAACGAACCACUAAGCGUAAGAUCAUGCUAUUACUUCUCCUUGUCGUGGUGGGUAUGAUCAUUUUACUGGUCGUGAAACCGAAAGGGGCAGUUCAAAGCCGCCACCACCUCCAGAAGAUGAAUCUUCAAACAAUAUCCGCUCUGUGUUGUCUUACCGGGGGCGAAGGCAUCAGUUGUCGAACCGCUUCGCGCGAGAUCGGUGGAUGGAUCCGGAUAUAUUCCGAUGACGUUUCUUUUGCAAAUAGCAUGGGUUCAUAG